AUGUACAAGGCAAAUAGUAAUGGGCCCAACACAGAACCCUGCAGUACUCCACAAAAAAGUGGAGCAGUGGCAGACGAGUCGCAACCCAUCAUGACAGAAAAGGUCCUACUGGAGAGGUGGGGCAAAGGUGAGGUAGUCAAUAUAUUUUUUAGCACUGAUGACACAGGUGGGGCCCACCUGGUCAAACUAUAUGGGUCACACAUGGGCAAAUGCAAGUCAGACCCUGAAAACAUGUCUAUGUGGGCCCCAGGUGGGGCAAAGAUGACAUCCCGCUCUUCUCUAGAAGCCAAGCUGAAAACCAGACCCAUGUGCGCAGUGUCUGACAGGUUAAGACGGACCCAGCCAAGGUUCAGACAGUCGCUGAGUGGCUGGUCCCAGCCUCACAGAAACGGCUCCAAUGCUUCUUGGGAUUCACCAACUUUUACUGAUGCUUCAUCAGAGAUUACAGAACCCAGUCUUUGUGACUGUCACAAAUGUCUAAGAGACAGUGAUCCUUGGUUUAAUGACAUCAUCAGUGAAGCUCCUGAACCCUUUCUGUCACAGAAACAUAAACCUUCAGAUGAAGAUUUCCUCUGGUGGAAGAACUUACAGGGGGCAAGACAUCAAAACUUGACUUUCUACAAUAAAACUUUAGAAAGGCUAUUUCAGACAAUAACCCCAAUUGCAGAUGUUGAAGAACCUCACCCUGAUCACUGCAGGAGUUGCGCCGUGGUGGGGAAUUCUGGAAAUUUAAGAGGAUCGCAUUAUGGACCUCUGAUUGAUUUCCAUAACAUCGUAAUAAGAAUCAAUCGGGGGCAUGUAAAAGGCUAUGAAACAGAUGUUGGAACCAAAACAACUCAUCAUGUCAUGUAUCCAGAGAGUGCUACUAAAUUGGACAACACCACAUAUCUUUUGUUUUUCCCUUUCAAAACACAUGACUUUUUGUGGCUUAUGAAGGCCUUAAAUCCAGGAGAAAAUGGUGCUCCAAACUCAAAGAAGAUAGCUAACAAGGAUUUGAUAAUGAUCCUCCAUCCGGCUUUCAUGAAAUAUGUUCAUCAGAUCUGGCUGGGAAAGAAAGGAUAUUAUCCAUCCACUGGGUUUCUUGCUGUGGUUCUCAGCCUACUGAUGUGUGAUGAGGUCAAUGUCUUUGGGUUUGGAGCAGACAGCGAGGGAAACUGGAGCCAUUACUUUGAAAUCCUCAGAAACAAAAAAUUAAAAACAGGAGCCCAUCCAGGAGAAGAAGAAUAUAAAACGAUUGAAAAAUUGCACAAAAAGAAGAAAAUUGUUUUUUUUAAAGGAUGGUAA